AUGAGAAAGGUCAGGCUGGAAGAAGUUAAGGCUCUGCGUGAUGAGAAUUUGCCAUGGUAUGCUGAUAUAGUGAACUUCAUGGUGUCUGGAGAAGUCCCUAGUAGUUUUGAUGCUUACAAGAGGAAGAAGUUCUUCAAGGAUGCUAGGCACUACUAUUGGGAUGAGCCUUACUUGUACAAGAGAGGACCAGAUAGCAUUUACAGGAGAUGCAUAGCUGAAGAAGAUGUACAAGGAGUUCUAGAGCAUUGCCAUGGGUCUGCUUAUGGAGGUCACUUUGCCACAUUCAAAACCGCAACUAAGGUUUUGCAAUCUGGUUUAUGGUGGCCUACUUUGUUCAAGGAUGCAGCAAGCUUACAUUGCCAAGUGUGA